CAAGAUGGCGGCUAACAAGACUUCUGCCGCGAACAAUCCUCCAUUUGAUGUUCCUAGUUGGGCAGGUAAACCGCCGCAGGGACUUCACUUAGAUGUCAUGAAACAGAAUAAUUUAGUUGAGAAAAUGAUCAUUGAUCAGAAGUCGUACUACUUGUUUGGAAGAAACAAGGAAGCUUGUGAUUUCACAUUGGAACACACAUCAUGUUCUCGUGUUCAUGCUGCUCUGGUUUUCCAUAAACAUCUCAACCGAACAUUUCUGAUUGACCUCAAGAGUAGUAAGUGUUUGUAAUUUCUUAUUUUGACGAAUGUUGCAGUUGACUGAAGUCUAUUCAACAUGAGUGUUUUUGCCAUUGUCUUCACUGCUCAUUCUUAACCAAGGUGUGUCAAAAUCUCAAUGGUUAAUUGACAACCAUUAUCCUUACUGUCAAACAAACAA